AUGGAUGAUGAAGCACAAGCACGUGUGGUGGCCUUCAACGGUGAGCAGUCAUACAUUGCCUCUUCAGUUCAACGGUCUCUUUGUGACGUGACUGCUAGCACGUGCAUCGAACGAUCAAACCACGACCACAGUGCCACAGAUAUAAUCUUCCACCGUCCUACCAGUCCAUACAUUCUCGUUGAGUAA